AUGACCGGCCGCCGCUGCCGCUGCCGCGAGGGCCUCGGCCCGUCAACCUUUGCCGCCCCAACAGGCCCCACUCAGCCCAUUACUAUCAACGGCGUUAAUCUCCCCGGUGGCGUCGGAAAGGAGCGCCCCACGAGGGAGGAAGUCAUGGCCAGCUAUCAUCAGCUUCUAGACUCGGGCUUCUUCGGCGCUCAUGCUAUCAAGUCAACGCGGCAUCCCGGCGCAGGCGCGUCAGAGGCUCUUCUCUCAACGUCGUUACCAAGCCAGCGACCUGGAGGCCCUCCUACGGAAUUCUCCCCACAUCCUUUCGAGACCUCAGCUCCCGACCAUUUACUCGCCUGCUCGUACGCGCAUGGCACCCCCGACUCGCCGCACAAGACGCCACAGAAGUCGCCCUCUCGCCGACCCCUUACCGCAACGACACCUGAGCGGCCUACCACAGCGCCAACUCCCGAGUCGCGCGGCAAGAAGCGCGCUCACGAUGAGCGUGAAGACGAAGAGGCUGCGACACCGCGCCCCACCCGCAAGCUCCGUAAGACUACGCGCAGCAUCGCCGACUUUGCCCUCCCUCGUAUCAAGCGCUACCGUGCUACGGAAUCCGCGCAAUCCCCCAGCUCCCGCACCUAUGCGUCCCCUAGCCGCCGUCGGUGGGGCACGCUCGCCCGAGGCGUCCGGACGAACAAGCUUGCCAAGCGACCUGCCAGCAGCAGCGGUGGAGGUAGCCGGCCAGGUUCGAGCCGAGUUCCCACGCGCGAGCUGACCAUAAGUGGACCAGUCUCCUCCGUUGUCAAGCUUGAGCCCGGCAAGUUUGAUGCUCUACAGUCAGGCCAGGCCACCGAUAUCGAGAGCCUUGGCGGCAAAGUCAUUGCCACGGGUGUACCUUGGGGCCGUCUCGCGCAGCAGCAACAAGAAGAGCUGGAGAGAAUGCAGCAGCAACAACAGCAGCAGCAGCAGCAGGCUGGUGGCCAGGGAGUUAGCCCCAUCCAACAGCAACAGGGGCGUCGCAGGAAUGGUCCCUUGAGCGUACGACCGGAUGCGAAUAGGGAAUUCCCUCGGUACCGACCAUCCCAGCACAGUUUAAGAGCCCGCUGCAACGGAACCCGGUCUCGAGAGCUCGCGGCGAGAACGAAGAUGUCGAGAUGA